AGGAGUAAGCCUAAACAAUAUGGUGUUAUUGCUAGUGUGUUAAUAGUGGUGUAUCUUUUUUUUUUACUUUUAUUAUUUCAUUUUCAGUGUUUUUUCAGUAAUUGAACAAAGUGACAUUCAAUGACGUUAUUUACAGCAGACUGGAGCCCACUGGGCAAGAAAGAAUAUUACAGAAGAACAGAACUUUAUUCUAUCGAAUGGGGCGAGCAACUUAAUUUAUCAGACUACAUAGUUGCUGCAGGUCAGUUUGGAGGACCCGUAGCUAUUGUACGUGAUGAUAAACAAAUACAGAGAGUCCAAUUCAGUGGAAAGCCAGUUAUAUAUAUAUUCUCGUCAUGUGGGCAGGCAAUAUCGUCAAUUAAAUGGAAAAGUGGCCGCCUGAUUCACAUGGCAUGGUCGUCGACAGAGGAGCUUGUAUGUGUGCAAGACGAUGGUGGUGUUCUAUUAUACGAUUUAUUUGGCAACCAUCAAUCUGCUUUCAGCAUGAGUCAGGAAGCAAAAGAUACAAAGGUUCUUGAAUGUAAAAUUUUUAACGGAAAUUAUGGAACAGGAAUUGCUAUAUUAACUGGAUCAUACAGAAUUUUUUUAACAAACAAUAUUAAGGAUCCCAGAGUUAGAAGAUUAGCAGAAAUACCUGGGCUUGAAGCACCACCUAGUAGUUGGGCAGUAGUAGUAGAAGAUCGUGAGAGUAAAGUUUACGUAGCUUGCGAAGCAUGGCUUUACAGAUUGGAUCAAAGUGAGAGACGUUGCAUACAGAUGAAUCCAAGUUUUGAUUCACCAAUCAAUGCCAUUAUAGAAAUUGCAGUUUCUUGGGAUGGACAACAUAUUGCUUUGUUCUCUGACAGUGGUGCUCUCUGGACUGGAUCCAGUGACUUGGAAAAAAAGUAUUGUGAAUUUGAUACCAAAUGCAAGUCCCGUCCACAGCAACUUGUUUGGUGUGGUACAGGUGCUGUUAUAGGCUACUGGCAAAAUAUCCUGCUUCUAGUCGGUAUGGAAAAAGACUGGAUUAAUUAUGUUAUGGACACCCCUGUUUUUCUUAUACCAGAGUUGGAUGGAGUAAGAAUAAUUGGAAAUAUGACACAUGAAUUUCUGCAGAAAGUACCAGAUGCCGUAUCUGAAAUAUUCCGUAUUGGUUCUUUAGCACCUGGUGCUCUGCUUUUGGAAGCUUCUAAGGAAUUUCAGCGAAAAAGCCACAAGGCAGAUGAAUACAUUCGUAUGAUUCGUGAGAAAGAUCAGUUGGAGAUUGCAGUGCAACAAUGUAUUCAAGCUGCAGCUCAUGAAACUUUACCAACUACUCAGAAAAUGCUCUUACGGGCUGCUUCCUUUGGGAAGUGCUUUGUUCCAGAAAUGGAUUCAGAGACAUUUGUCAAGGUCUGUCAAAAUUUGAGGGUGUUAAAUGCCAUUCGUGACCAUGCAGUUGGGUUGCCACUGAGUUGGAUGCAGUUAGAAUAUUUAACCAUUCCUAUGCUAUUAGAUCGUUUAGUACUUCGCCGCUUGUACUGCUUAGCCAUUCGAAUAUGUCAGUACCUUAAAGUACCAGACAUGCAAGGAGCCAGCCGCAUAUUGAAACACUGGGCAUGUAGCAAAGUGAGACAGACCCAGUUGGAUGAUGACAAGGUUGCUAAACAGAUAGCUAACAAACUGGGAUUUAACCCAGGAAUUUCUUAUUCUGAGAUAGCCACUGAAGCAGUAGAACAUGGACACACACAGCUAGCAAUAAAACUUCUUGAUUUUGAACCUCGGGCUUCAGAACAAGUUCCCUUACUAAUGAAACUAAAGCAAAAUCCUCAAGCUAUGAGUAAAGCAAUUGAGAGUGGGGAUUCAGACUUGGUUUAUUCCGUGAUACUUCAUCUUAGAGACACGAUGACAGCAGGAGAAUUCCAUAUGACUAUCAGAAACUUUCCUGAAGCCUAUUCACUGUUUUUGAAGUUCUGUAAAGAGCAAGAUUUGGAGCGUCUACGAGACAUGUUUUAUCAGGAAGAUGAUUAUGGGAAUGAAGCAAAUUGUCGAGUAAUGGAAAGUUACCUAACAGCCCGUAUCGAACGUCGUAUUAGUUGUUUGAAGUGUGCCUCUGAAGGGUAUAGAAAAGCAAAAAAUGAAUUUAGUGCAACUCAAACUGAAGAUGAAAUCAAGCUCAUAAAAUACCAGACAAAACUUGAAGAAAAGUAUGUUGAACAAAAGUUUUUAGAUCUCUCCCUUCAUCAGACAAUCCAGCAGUUGUUAAUUGAUAAACUACACAAGUUGGCUGAUGAACUUCGAAAGGAAUUUAAAGUUCCAGACAAGAGGUUCUGGUGGCUAAAAAUAACAGUAUUGGCUGAAACUGGAGACUGGCUUGAACUGGAUAAAUUUUCUAAAUAUAAGAAGUCUCCUAUUGGCUAUGAACCUUUUGUUGAUGUGUGUUUAAAGAAUGGCAACAAAUAUGAAGCCCAGAAAUAUGCGAGUAAAGUACGUGAUGAAAAUAAAGUGAAGUACUACAUUAAGGUUGGGCUUCUUGAGGAGGCUGCAAAGGUGGCUUUUGAGCAAAAGAACAAGAUGGCUUUAGAUAUGGUACAGAGUCAGUGUGGAAUAAUGAAUAGGGCUUUGGCGGAGAAAAUUAACUCUAUGAAAGCUCAGCUGGGUUGAAAUAAGUUGGGAUUCUUAAGUAACUAUUUUGACAGAAAUUUAGCCAGGUUCAAUGUCUAUAAACGUACCAAGAAGCUGAAUGUUAUCUUUCUAAUUUAGCUUUGAUUAAUUGAAAGCCCAUGGAAUCUACUUGUUUCAAAGAUUAUAUAUAUAUAUAUAUAUAUAUAGCAGUAAUAAACUGAUGUUUUAGAUUAGCUUACCAUUUAGAAAGUGGGAGCUUGCUGACUUAAAGAUUUCACACACGCUAAAUUAUGUAGAAAACCAGAAACCUUCUUAAGACUUAAGAACUGAUUACAGUAACUUAAUUUUUGUAAUGUAAUUUUUAUUUCCCAAGUAUCAUUUUGAAUUACCCCUCAAAAUUGGCAGAUUAUUACAUAAAAAAUAACUUUCUAUUUUUAAGAUUGAUUUGAAAUUUUUUUUUAAAUAUGAGGGCUGAUGUUAGCCCACAAAAAAUUGUAAUUACUUGUUUUAAAAAAAAUCACAAUUUAAGUUUGAUAUGUAUUGUAUAAAACUAAAAUCCCUCCCAUAAGGUAUUCAAGCCACAGAAACUUUGUAACUGAUUUUCAAUAGAAUUCCAUUAUUCAACAUAAACAUUGCUGAGAAUGUCUGUGUGUUUUACAAGUGGGAAAGGAAGUAGCUGGUUUCUAGAAUGUUCUUUUUUCUUCUUUAAAUGCACUAUUUAUUAGUUCUAGUCUAACAGUUAAAAUUUUUAAGUUGCUAUUUGCUUACAGUGUUUAUACUUUAUUAUAGACGAGGUGUCGUGGUCACUGACUAUCAUUGCUAACAGAAGCCAAACCGUUACUUUUGUAAAAAAUGUAUAUAUUUAAGUGACAGUAGUUAUGUAUUAAUAAAGGAUGACAAAUAUGUACAAAAUA